GUAAGUCAAUAUUACGUUUUUUUUUUUCUCGCUGACAAAGGCAAAUGAAGCCAUGUUUUUUGCUUACAAACAAGUAACAUCUUAACGCCUUGAUCCGGAGCUGUGCGCCGGUGCGCUGCGUAGAGGAGAGGAGAGAGGGCCGCCCCGGGAGAAAAAAACCCUUCGCUCGCUCUUAUUUAUUUAUCACAUCUGGACAUUUGUAACGGGAUAGACGAUCGUUUUUUAAGCCUUUACUCGGGAUAUCUUUUUAAGCAAACUUGACAGCGACCGACAACUCUCAAAAACCCAGCAAGGACGCAGCGCCAAAGCCCCGAAAGGAAAUAUUGUUGAAUACAGAAAAUGAGUUCCGGGGCGAGCUGGUGAACCAGCGGUGGACACGAGGCGAGAGGACCAGCAGCCGCUGCCAGGCCUCCCAGAGACUGCAGAGCCGUCGACCAAUCAUGAUGAGUGUAGAAGGUGACAACAAGCGAACUCGCACUCGGUCCAAGGGAAUCAGAGUUCCUAUUGAGCUCGUAGGACAAGAGCUGAGCUGCCCCACCCCUGGAUGCAAUGGCUCUGGCCAUAUCAGUGGGAGAUACUCACGACACAGAAGCAUUCUGGGUUGCCCCAUAGCCAGAAAGCGGCGUCUAGAGGAAGCCGAGGCCGAGCACGAGCAGGACGCAGAGCAUCCUGCAUCCAAGAGGAGGUCCCACCCCCUGAAACUGGCCCUGGACGAGGGCUUCAGCGCAGAAAGCGACAGUGGCAGCGAGGCCGAGGGCGACAAGGAUGGAGAGAAAGCAGUAGAGACCAAGGAGGAGGAGGAGGAGGAAGAGAGGGAGGCAGCUGUAGAGGAGGAGAGACAGGAGAUGACAGGAGACCUGACACAGGAUGGACAGACAAAUGGACAGGGGGAGGAGACACAGAUGGAGGAGGAAGAGGAGAGGGAAGAAGAAGAGACAUAUCAGAAGGAGGAGAACACAUUCGCAGCUGAUGAAGAGGAGUGUGUUAUCAUUGAGCCUGAGCUCGGCGCAGCGCCGGCCGCGACCAAGAAAUGUCAGUCUCACUCCCAGUGCACCGAAGAGGUGGCCAACUCUCUCCUCCACCUCGGCCGAUUCUCCGACAACUGUGCUCCAACUGUGGAGACGGAAGAGGAUGUCACCGUGGCAGCGGAACGCGGUGAAGAAGUAAAGGACGAGCAGGAGGGCGACAUAAAUAAGGGGCAAGAGGAGGAGGAGGAGGAGGUGUUGGCACGCAGAGUACUGGAAGAGUCAUCUCUUCUAUUAAAGGAGGCAGCUGAAGUUGAGGAAGAGGAGUUGGAGGAGGAGGAAGAGGUAGAAGAUGAGAAAGAGUGCCCAGAAAGGAGCAGCCUUGUGAGCCAGGAGAACCAACAAUAUCUGCCCAAAGAUGUCCGUCAUGAACAGAACAAGGAAGAAGAAGAGGAGGAGGGGGAGGAGGAAGAGAUAGGGGCGCCAGCACAGCAAAGGCGGGGCACUCCAGCAGAAGAAGAGGAGGAUGAAGAGAGAGAUGAGGAUGACCAUAGGGAGGGGAAUGACAUUCUGCCCAUUUCUGAUGCGCCAACUGCCAUCCACACCAUCACCAGCACCGCCGAAGCUCAGGGAACACACAUCACGGCUGGAGACCACAGGGCCAGUCCUCUGGAGGACUACAACUCGCACAGGGCGAGUCCUCUUGAGAACUACAACAUCAACAGAACCAGUCCACUCAUCAAAUAUGACUCUCAUAAACAUAGCCCGAUUCAAAACUACAAGACCAGCCCUCCUUUAAGCUACAGCUCUCACAGGGCCAGUCCUCUGGAGGAAUACAUCACCAGCCUUCGAGGCGAGAACUAUAAAAUCCACAAAGCCGCGUCCUCCGCCUCUCCUGACAUUAUCGAGGUGCGUUCAGACAGGUCCGAGGAGAGAGACUUUGACGACGUGGACGGGGACGACGAGCGCGACGACGAAGACAGCCUGUCGCAGCGCUCCACGGUGACGGACGAGUCAGAGAUGUUUGACAUAACCCGAGGGAACUUGGGCCUGCUGGAGCAAGCCAUUGCCCUGAAGGCAGAGCAGGUGAAGCCAGCCGGGCCCAGAGAGCUGCUCCGCGCCCCAGAUAUCCACCACCAGCGAUACUUCACCAUGGAAGACAGGCCCAAGCACCUGGACGUCAUCCGCAAGAGCUACUUCAGCAAAGAGAGCAGUAGACCAGAGAAGAGGGAGAUCAAGUGUCCCACCCCUGGGUGUGAUGGGACGGGUCACGUCACUGGUCUUUACCCCCACCAUCGCAGCCUGUCAGGCUGUCCGCACAAGGACAGGAUCCCCCCCGAGAUUCUGGCCAUGCAUGAGAAUGUGCUGAAGUGUCCAACCCCCGGCUGUACCGGUCAGGGCCACGUUAACAGCAACCGUAACACACAUCGCAGUCUUUCCGGAUGCCCCAUUGCGGCUGCAGAGAAGCUGUCCAAGGGCCACGAUAAGCAGCUUCUCCCUCAGCCGGGCGGCGAGCACCUCAAAGGAAGUCCCAACGACAGAGUGUUAAGGCCCAUGUGCUUCGUGAAGCAGCUGGAGGUGCCCCAGUAUGGCAGCUACCGGCCCAACAUGGCGCCCACCACGCCUCGCGCCAACCUGGCCAAGGAGCUGGAGAAGUACUCCAAGGUGUCCUUCGAUUAUGCAGCCUUCGACGCUCAAGUGUUUGGGAAGCGCAUGCUUGCUCCAAAGAUGCCCACCAGCGAAACGUCACCCAAAGCCUUCAAAACUAAGCCCUCGUUCCCCAAGUCCCCGUCACCCAGCCUCAGUCUCCAUGGUUACGGGAAGAGCUCCUCCUUGGCCUACGACUACUCCCAUGACGCCGAGGCCGCUCACAUGGCUGCCACUGCCAUCCUGAACCUGUCUACACGCUGCUGGGAGAAACCCGAGAACCUCAGCACCAAAGCCCCAAACAAGGAAAUAAACAUUGAGGUGGACGAGAACGGCACCCUGGACCUGAGUAUGAAGAAGCCCAUUAAACGAGAGGGCAGUCUGUCCGGCACCAGCCCCGGGGUUCGGUCCCCGGACCCGUCCUCCUCCUCUUCCUCACUCCAUCACGGUGGAAGCAGCGGGAUGACUUCACCAAACCUAAAUGCCUACAAGCAGGAGGAGUGGGAGGGACCUCUGGAUUACACCAAGCCCAACCGCCAAAGGGAGGAGGAAAUGGACGAGAUGGAGCACACGGGCCAGUCGUUUGUCUCGUCGGACGCAGAGGACUGUGACAUGAUGCAGGACUGUCUGGAAGACAGGAAGUACCCAGGAGAGGUUACAACUCCAAGCUUCAAAGUCAAGUUCCAGCCCAAGGAUAGCAAGAAAGAGCUGCUCUCCUGCCCUACACCUGGUUGUGAUGGCAGUGGUCACAUCACCGGAAACUAUGCGUCCCAUCGCAGUCUGUCUGGGUGUCCUCUCGCUGAUAAGAGCCUUCGAUCCCUCAUGGCGGCCCACACCCCUGAACUCAAAUGCCCCACUCCAGGAUGUGACGGCUCAGGUCACAUCACGGGAAACUACUCCUCACACAGAAGUCUCUCUGGGUGCCCGCGUGCCAAGAAAAGUGGAAUUAAAACUCCUACCAAGGACAACCAGGAGGACUCCGAGCUUUUAAAAUGCCCAGUGCCGGGUUGCGACAGUUUGGGUCACAUCAGUGGGAAGUACGCCACGCACCGUAGCGCGUACGGGUGUCCGCUGGCGGCGCGCAGACAGAAGGAGGGUGUCCUGAACGGCACACCCUUCAACUGGAAGGCCUUCAAGACAGAGGGGCCUACCUGUCCCACCCCAGGUUGUGACGGCUCCGGACAUGCUAACGGAAGCUUCCUCACACACCGCAGCCUCUCAGGAUGCCCCAGAGCCUUGUUUGCAAAGAAGAAGGCCAAGUACCCCUCAGAGGACUACCUGAACACCAAGUUCAGGGCCAGUGAUGUUUUGGACAACGAUGAAGACAUCAAGCAGCUCAACAAAGAGAUUAACGACCUCAAUGAAUCCAACAAUGAAAUGGAGGCCGACAUGGUCAACCUGCAGACUCAGAUCUCGUCCAUGGAGAUGAACCUGAAGAGCAUUGAGCACGAGAACAAGAUGAUCGAGGAACAGAACGAGGCUCUGUUCAUGGAGUUGUCUGGUCUCAGCCGCGCUCUGAUCCGCAGUCUGGCUAACGUACGCCUGCCACACAUGCAGGGGCCAAUCACGGAGCAGAACUUCGACAGCUAUGUGAGCACCCUGACCGACAUGUACACCAACAAGGACUGCUUCCAGAGCCCCGAGAACAAAGCUCUGCUGGAGAGCAUCAACAAAGCUGUGAAAGGCAUCAAAGUCUGAGGCUCGACACACACUAACACACAGAAUGCAAACUGUCCUGAAGUGCUGGAGCGUGACGGUGGUGGAUGCGGAGGGACGGGGAGAUGAAGGAGAGAGAUGUUGAAGUACUCUACAAUAUAUUGAAGUAUGAUUCAAAAACAAAAAAGGGAAUUCAGGUUAUUUAAAUAAACGGCAACUUAUAAAAAAAAGAUUUUUUUUAAAAAGAAGACCAACCCAGGGAGCACUCUGUUAGAAGAAAAGUGACGCGGACCAAAAUCCACACCAUGCUGCUGCUGGGAUUAGGAGGAGGAAAACGGAUCCUUCAGUCAGAAUGGAUGGAAAAGAAGAAUAAUGUUACUAGAAACAGUAUCUGGGUUUUUUGUUUUUUUUUAUAUGCUGUAUUGUUUACGUGUUGUCUCUCUGUUGUGUCCUUAACUGUUUUUGGAGAGGGGGUUUCACUGUUGAGCGGUCAAUCCGUUUUUCACGCUUCAUAUCAACUGAAACACGGAAGGGACGCAAACACAGGACGGCUCACAGGAGCUCGGCCACGUGAAGAGGAGGACACUGAUGAGUUGGACACUCUCAGUGCUGUCCACACAGGACAGUGUGUGUGUGUGUGUGUGUGUGCGUGUGUGUGUGUUCACAGACUCCAGAAGCUCUCUGAUUUACGGCCACACACACACCUCGGCAUUAUGACGCAAGCGCUACACUGAAUUUGUGUUUGUUUUGUGGUAUGACUGAUGUCAACAGCACAAUGUUGACUCAGUUUGGGGGGGGGGGGGGGGGGGGGGGGGGGGGGGGACAGUGUAGGUUGUUUAUUUUUCAUGGGACAGCUGAUAUCAUGAUUUAAAAAGAAGCAAAUUCAUCCUUUUAUUCCUUUUUUUAACUGAAAUGAUAAUAGUAAUAGUGUGCACACAUUUCAAAUUCAGUUUGUCAUAUCAAUAGUAUUUAUCAACAUAGGAAUUGCACUUCAUUUCAACGAAUAGUUUUGUGGUACAAUAAUGAUUGUUAUAUAUGAAUUAUUUAAACUUAUGAACUUUUAAAUUGUAACUUAUUGCCAUUUAUGUUAUUGAGGUUUAUUUAUUUGGAGCAAUCUAUUUAUUAACUUUGUUUUGUAAGACACACACACACACAAAAAAGCAUCCUUAUCGAUUAUCGUGGUCAAAGCGAUUUGCAGAUGUCGUAUGUCAAUAUUUUAAGAAUCUAUAUAGAUAACUGACGAGGCAUAUUUUGUUUUGAGUACUUUUUAAAAACCUUUUUAAGUGCAGAUGAUUUUAUAACUGAAAAAAACUUUUGAUAAUUUUAGAAAAAAAACUUAUCUUUUGGGGUUGUUCUUGUUUUUCUCCUUCUUUGUUUAUGUUCUUUCUGUUAACUGCUACAUUCAGAAACCCACUGCUGAGAGGGGAAAAAAGAAAGUAUGUAUUUAUUAUUUAUUUAAUAUGAAAGAAAUUGACUGAUAUGGCUGUAUAUUUAUUUUGUUAUUUAUUUGCGUGAUGUGACGGUUGAGUCUGAGUAGUCUCAAAGAUCCACUGCUAAUAUUUAAAUAAAGAAACAAAAUCCAUACAAAUACUGUUUGAUUACUUAGGCUUUUACCUAGACAUACCAGCAGCUGAUUGUAAAGACAAACAGUAACCCAACAAAAGCAAUCGCUGUUCUGUUGCUAUCUGAUCUCUGUGCGUUUGCUUUUGUCAGGUAAAAGAAAACCAGGAACAGUUAAAAAAUUAAAAAUGUUACCUCUCCCGAGCGCUUUGUAGCAGCUAGCACUGGCUCACCCAAAACCGCUGUAAUGUACCAUAGAUGCUUAAGUCUUAUUUAUUAUUUUCAUCAGCACAAUGGUACAUAUAUAUAGAGCUCUACUGCAGCAGUGGUUCAGGCUGGAUGUAUGGGUCUAAAACACACACACACACACACACACACACACACAACACAACACAAUAUAGGAUGGCCUCCUUUGACAAACGUCUAUCAAAUAAACAUACACACCCUUGUAGCCUUACUCUAGAUUUUAAUUUUUUGAUGCACAAAGUGCCACUAAAAAAGAAAAAAGAAAAAAAAAAGAACUCACUUUCUUUCCUGAUUCUUCGCAUUACUGCAAUGUAACAAUGUCUGGUCCUGGGAAGACCACGGCAUCAAGAGAGUGGUGAUUGUUUCAGAUGCCUUUAUUUCUCUGCCAAGAUGGCCAUUAGUACACUAUAUAUACAUUCUGUAUAAAUAGAUUUUAAAGAUGCUAUAUAUAUGAAUAUAAACAUACAUAUAUUUUUCCAGUGUAAUUGUGGACUUGCUCUUCUUCUUCUCUUGGACUUGCUCUUCUUCUUCUCUUGUAUUACCUUAACAAAUGAUCACUAGCUGUCUAGAAGAGAUGUGAGGGGUGUUAUCAUGGGAGGCAGUUACACCUUCUUUAAUAUCACAAAGACCUGCUCAACUGUGGCUUUAAACAUACCAUUCACUCAAACUGAAGGCAAAGUAGGCAUUAUGGUGAUACGGUAUAAUACUUUGGAAGUGUUUUCAUUGUAGGUUACCUUUUUUUUUUUAAUAUUUUUUGUUUUUUGUUAAAUCCCCAUUUCCUGUAUUGUCUGUCCUUAAUCCAGAAAUGUCAAAAAAAACAUCUACUGUAUGUUGUACUCUGAAUCUGAGAAAUAACUGUCAUUUGAAACUAGAUGGUUGGCUCUUUGUUCCUAAGUGUCAUGUGAGUUCAUGUAUAGUAAAAAAAAAUAAUGAUAAUAAGAAAUGAUGAUGCCUCUGAAUAAUGUUCUGCACAUAGUGUUUGGCAACAUUGUGCAGUUAUUGUAUUGUUACUAGUUAAGCCUGCUUGCUCUGAGCCCAUUCUCUCUGAUGUUGAGUCGAGCAAGCAGGAGACUUUAGUGUGACCUGCCUUUGAGUGAUUUGUUGCAGCUACUGUGGUGUACAGUAUGAAACCCUUGUGUAACUCUGAUGUCAAAGGCAUGUUGUAAAUGUGCUCUUAGCCAAUGUAGAAUGAAACUCCUUUUGUGCACUUUCUGAAUAACUGUUGAAAAUGCCAGCAUUUGAGUCUCGACUUGUAAGAAAACCCCAAUAGAUCACGAGCAAUAGCAAGUACUCACCUCCACUGGAGGGCGCAUUGCAAAGCAUUGCCACACCUGUUUGUUGCUGUUCCCCGUAGAAAACAACCUGUACAUUAUGUCACGUAGAGACAUAUCUGUGAUUCAGGGGGUUCGGCUCGGAAAUGUAGAAAAGGGAAGCGGUACUUUCUUUUCCAAAAAACAAAAAAAAAAAACAACCAAAAGAGAUUGACAGGAUGCAGAGUUUGGUUCUCAGGUGACCGGGGAGAGCUGCUUGAGCAGAACAGAGCAAUGCCAUAGGUUGGCCAGUCAGCUGAGGCUAGAGGCGAUGGCAGCUGCUGGAUCAAGGCCUCCUGCGAAACGAGAUGAGUGUGUGGGAGUGGGAAAUUGAUUUGCCAGGCUACACAAUCUCCCCUUAUUUUAGGAGGGGGCGUUUGUUGCAUAAAUAUGUGUCCAUCACUCAAAAGGAAUGUCAACGCUUUUUAUGACUUUUAAACCCCAACCCCCCCACCCCCCUUCCUCAUGUCUUGUGUAACCUUUCCUCAGGAAAGAUCAUUUUGAUGCAUUUGGUUAACAAAGUAGUAUAUUCUUCCUCUCUUGAAAAUGCACGAGAAUACUACCCAAGAGUGUAAAGACUGUGAAUAUUCUCCUAACUUAUUCAUUAUGUCAUGAUCCCUUUUAAACUGCUUGAUGAAAUUGUCUACCGAGGUAUGUAAAUGAAUAACACUGAGGCCAUGAAAGUAUAGCAGUUUCAAAAAAAAAAUGUCAGCUGAGAAAGCAAAUGUAGCCUACGGUUGGUUCCGCGCCCACGCACACUCCUCCUUUUUACAGUAAAGUACUGAGUGAUGGCGUGAAGAGUUGUAUUAUUCUAAAUAGCAAAGACAUUGGAAAACAACCUGGUCGGGGCCCAGUUUUCUCUAAAGCACCUGGAAUGAAAACAAAUUUAACAUGAUGACACUUUUCAGGAAAAAAAAAAAACCCAGCCCAGACCAAAAUCCAGCUGUGUGUUUACGGGGGAUGGGGGUGGGGGUGGGGGGGGCAGGUUGGCAUCCUGGUUUCAUGUUAGGUACAGAUGUAUGCUUGCCAAGAGCAGAAUGGUCACACUUUGAUGCACACACCAUGUAGAAACCGACUCAUAAUACGAUAGGACUGUCUAGUUGAGUGGCACUUUUCAUCAAGCUGAGCAAAACCAAAAGCCCCCAAACCCCAUCCCCGCCCACCUCCACCAACCCCACCCCCUGCCCCCCACCCCCCCCUGCUGUAGUUACAAGCCGUGUGGUCUUAUCAUGUGUGCCUUUCUCUCUUCAUCCAUUUCAAGAUAUGGUAUGUUUACACUUAGCAAACCUGGUUCAAAUAGUGGUGACAACAUUUGGUCUGCAUCUCUAACCCAAUACUGUCGGGUAACCUGGGGAGGGGGGUGGUGGGGGGGGGGGUGUUACUGUGUAUAGGGAUAUAAAAUAAAUGUGUCUUUUACAUGCAAGUAGAGGCCAUUUUGUGACAGAUAAAGAAAACAACAAGCUUCUGUUAGGAAAACAAAGAAACUGUGAUCUCAUUCUGUCGAUUCAGGUACCAAACUGCAUGGCCAGUUUCUGGGAAGGAAAUCUGAAGAGCAUCAUCAUCAUCAUUAUCAUCAUCAUCAUCACCAUCACCAUCACCAUCACCAUCACCAUCAUCCCUAGAUAAUGCAUCAGUGUGCAGGGCGUUAUUUUGAAACAUAUGGAAGUCUCUGUACAUAUUUGUAUUAAGAAUAAACAGUGUUAUUGUUGUUGUAUUGCAGACAAGUUGAAAAAUGGCAAAAAAAAGAGAAAAGUUUGUGACAAAAAAAAAAAAUCCACAGCCAAGGGUUGUCCCGCUAGCACAUUUUUACAGAGAUGAGCUAUUUUUACUGGUGAUUUUCUAGGCAUUGAUAUUGAUAUCCUUUAAAAAAAAAAAAAAAAAAGUACAAACCUUCCAAAAUUACAAGCACUUCCACAAUGAUAGAUUGUAUGGUCAUUUUUGUUACUUUUGUAGAUGUGGUCGUUCCUUUACUACUGCACCGUUUUGUAAAGUGGGACAGGCCUUGGCUGUGUGUCCUCGGGGUCUCAUGAUGUUUUUGGGGGGUUUUUAGUUGUUGUUUUUUUUUAAAUUGGGAAGUAAACCACUGUAGAUGGGCCGAAUUUGUGACUGUGUGUUUGUGUACUUGUGUACAUGUUCCCCUGUUCCUGUGUCAGUGUUAUAAACCAGAGAAGUGAUGUCAGUUAAUGUUGGGGUAUGAACCAUUUUAAAUGUUCUCUAUGAAAUACACAAAUAAAGAAUCAUAGACAA